UGAUGAGAGUUAUUCCCCCUGAUUUUGAUUUGGAUACAAUUUUUUAUUAAUUUACGUUUUGGGCUUAUUACUCUUUUAAACAAAAUGACGGGUAAUGUGAAACAGAUAUUAGAAGACAGCCAAUUUCAACCAGAAUUAACUUCUGCUGGUCCUAAACUAGUCGUUGUUGAUUUCUUUGCCACAUGGUGUGGACCUUGUCAAAGAAUAGCUCCAUUUUUUGAAGAAUUGAGUACUAAAUAUCCCAGAGCUGUGUUUUUGAAAGUUGAUGUUGACAAAUGUCCUGAAGCAGCAUCAUCACAGGGGGUGUCUGCAAUGCCAACAUUUGUUUUUUAUCGAAAUAAAGUGAAAAUAGACACAUCAAGAGGGUCAGAUUCAGCCGCUCUAGAAGAAAAGGUGAAAGCAUGGUAUGGUGAUGAAGAUGGAGAUGAUGACGCUACACCAGUUAAGGGACAUAUGGAUCUUUCAUCCUUUCUUCUCAAAUCAGAAUGUGAAUGCUUGAACGAAUCUGAUGACCACCCGUAUACACAUGCUUUGACUUCAAAAGGAGGCUAUCUUGAAUCAGAUUGCGAUGAGCAGCUUAUAAUUCAACUAUCAUUUAAUCAAGCUGUGAAGAUUCAUUCUAUGAAAAUAAAUGGACCAGCUGAUAAAGGACCAAAAGGUAUUAAACUUUUUAUAAAUCAGCCAAGGACAUUAGAUUUUGACCAGGCCGAGUCCAUGGCACCAGUUCAAAUUAUUGAGCUUACACCAACUGACUUAGCUGACGGAAUUGUACCACUAAGAUUUGUAAAAUUUCAGAAUGUACAAACAUUAACAUUAUUUAUAAAAGAUAACCAAGAAGGUGGAGUGGUAACACAAGUAGAUUAUAUUGGUUUUAUAGGUACUCCUGUUAGUUCUACAAAUAUGUCUGAUUUUAAGAGGGUGGCAGGGAAAAAGGGAGAAAGUCAUUAAGUUAAAAAAAAAACCCACAACAUUAACUUAUAAUCCAUGUACCAUACUUUCAGUUUUGCAGAAUCAAGAAUAGCAGAAAUAAAUCCCAUUUUUGUUUAUGUUUAUUAUCACCUCUCAAUGAUUUGUCAUCUUAUUUUCAGAAAAACUAUAAAUACCAAUAUCAUAACUUGAGAUAUUGAUAGAAUUAUUUUAUUUGUGAAAUUAUUCAUGCCUAUUGUACAAAUUGGAAAUAAAUUGUUUAAAUUCUUUAAAA